CCCUCUCGUCCAAAGCGCGCUCGCGGUGAGGUGGGCGCGCUCACGACAAGACAGGAAGUCAGGACUGUUGUACGUUGAGGACGUUAGAGCAUCUUUGCUAGUAGCAACCCAGGAAGAAAAAGUUUAUGAACUCUGCCAACACAACUUCAGGCUUAUUUACCAACAGAUCUUAAGAUGUCGUCGGGUGCUCUCUUUCCAAGCCUGGUGAGCGGCUCCAGGGGAAGCACCAGCAAAUAUUUGGUGGAGUUUCGUGCCGGGAAAAUGACCUUGAAGGGAAACGUAGUGACACCAGACAAGCGCAAGGGCUCUGUAUACAUCCAACAGUCCGACGACUCCCUGAUUCACUUCUGCUGGAAGGAUAGGACAUCUGGAAAUGUUGACGAUGACCUGAUCAUCUUCCCUGAUGACUGUGAGUUCAAGAAGGUGAGCCAGUGCACUACCGGACGUGUCUUUGUGCUGAAGUUCAAGGCUGGAUCUAAGAGACUGUUCUUCUGGAUGCAGGAGCCAAAGACUGACAAAGAUGAUGAGUACUGUCGUAAGGUGAAUGAGUACCUGAACAACCCUCCCAUUCCUGGAGCGGCAGGAAGCGGAGGCGGCAGCGGGCACGAACUCUCUGCACUCGCAGGAGAGGGAGGCCUGCAAAACCUGCUGGGAAAUAUGAGCCACAACCAACUGAUGCAGCUGAUCGGACCAACCGGACUGGGAGGACUGGGAGGUUUGGGAGCUCUAGCAGGACCAGGACUUGCCAACCUGCUGGGCAGUGGAGGACCUGCCACAAGCAGCUCCUCAUCCAGCUCUCGUAGCCAGUCGGCAGCCGCAACUCCAUCAUCCGGUGGAGCCCCCCGACUGAGUUCCUCUCAGGCCCCCACCACCCCUGUGACUCCUGCUGCCACAGCUGUUACCCCUUCUAGUGUUGCUCCUUCCACACCAGCUUCAGCUCAGACCCCACUGGCCCCAGCUUCUGUUGGAAGCCCCGGCUCCCACCAGCCAAUCCAGCUCAGUGACCUUCAGAGCAUCCUCGCCACCAUGAAUGUCCCAGCAGCGUCGGCUGCUCAGGGCGCAGCGGUGGACUUAGCAAGCAUUUGCACCCCGGAGAUGAUGGCUCCCAUCCUCACCAACGCUGAGGUCCAGCAGAGGCUCCUGCCAUUUCUCCCCAGUGGAGAAAGUUUACUGCAGAGUGCCAAUGAGAUCCAGAACACAAUCAACUCACCUCAGUUCCAACAGUCGAUGAGUAUGUUCAGCAGUGCCUUGGCCUCCGGCCAGCUCGGCCCUCUCAUGAGUCAGUUUGGUCUUCCGGCAGAAGCCGUGGACGCUGCCAACCGAGGAGAUGUUGAGGCUUUUGCCAAAGCCAUGCAGGACAGUAAAGCGAAAAAAGACGACGAGGACAUGAGUCUGGAUUAGAGCUCACUCUGCCAAGCCGGAGAUCCUCUUGUUCCAGCACAGCAGUUGGGCCAGUUUUCCCUGUAACUACUAAGCCCAAAGUUAGAUUUUUGUUUUUCUUCUUUUGUUAGCCUGACUGAGUGCAGAGGCUGUCAGGCUCUUUUGUGAUUCACUCUUAAUAAAACAUGAUUGGCAUCCACAA